AUGAGCUACACGUUGGACUCGCUGGGCAACCCGCCUGCCUACCUGCGGUGGCCGAGGCCUGCUAGUUUUUGCCACGUCAGUCGCUUGCGGUCCAGCGGCUUCCGCUCGCAGUGGUGGUCCCGUGGCUCGCCCAGCACUGUUUCUGCCUCCUACAAGCGCAGCACGAUCGUCCUGCGCCUCGCCUGCAGCUCGGCCAUGCUCAGCUCUGCCGAGAGGAGCCUCAACUUUGGCCCGUUCUCUGCCCUGCUCAACCGCGGCGUCCGGUCCGGUGGCGACUGCAAGCUGUCCCGCUUCAACGAGAAAGAGCAGCGGUAGGGGCUGAACGACUGCUUCCCCGGCUACACCGAUAAGGUGCACUAUCUGGAGCAGCAGAACAAGGAGAUCGAGACGGAGUUUCAUGCGCUGCGGCAGAAGCAGGCUUUGCACGCUCAGCUGGGAGACGAGUACAACCAGGAGAUCUGUGAGCUGCGUGCCACCCUCGAGAUGGUGAACCAUGAGAAGGCGCAGGUGCAGCUGGACUUGGACCACCUAGAGAAGGAAGUCCACUGGCUCAAGGAGCGCAUGGAGAAGGCGUGGCUGCACGACGACACUAUGGCACCCAUCUGCGCACUGCGCACUGACAUUGAGGAGGCGUCGCUGGCCAAGGUGGAGCUGGACAAGAAGAUGCCGUCGCUGCAGGACGAGGUGGCCUUCCUGUGGAGCAAUCGCGAGGAGGAGGAGACCGACCUGUUGUCCCAGAUCCAGACGUUGCACACCAGGUUGGAGCGACAACGACUGCUGAAGACAGACAUCUCGUUGGCACUGAAGGAGAUCCGCUCCCAGCUAGAGUGCUACUCCGACCAGAAUAUGCACCAGGCCGAAGAGUGGUUCAAAUGCUGUUAUGCCAAGCUCACCAAGGCAGCUGAACAGAACAAGGAGGUCAUCUGCUCCACCAAAGAGGAGAUUGCUGAGUACCGGUGCCAGCUGCAGUCCAAGAGCAUCGAGCUGGAGUUGGUGCAUGACACCAAGAAGUCCUUGGAGCAGCAGCUCAGCGACAUCGAGGAUCGCCACUAUCAUGACCUCAGCAGCUACCAGGACACCAUCCAGCAGUGUAAUGAGCUUCGGGACGCAAAGUGGGAAAUGGCUCGUCAUCUGCAAGAAUACCAGGAUCUUCCCAACAUCAGGAUGGCUCUGGAUAUCGAGAUCGUUAGGUACAGAAAACUUUUAGAGGGUGAAGAGACCCAAUUUAGUACAUUUUCAAGAAGCAUCACUGGGUCACUGUCUACACACCGACGGCCCUCAGUCACAAUAUCCAGUAAGAUUCAGAAAACCAAGGUCGAGGUGCCGAAGUUAAAGGUCCAAUACCAAUUUGUAGGGGAGAUCAUAGAGGAAACCGAAGUGGAGGAGGAGAAGUCAGAAAUGGAAGAGGCUCUUACAGCCAUUGCCAAGGAACUGGCAGUCUCCAUGAAAGAAGAGAAGGAAGAAGAGGUGGAAGAAAAGGAAGAGGAACAAGAAGCUGAAGAAGAAGUUGUAGCUGCCAAGAAGUCUCCAGUGAAAGCACCAGAAGUUCAAGGAGAAGAGGAAAAGAAGGAAGAAGAAGACCAAGAAGAAGAAGAAGAGGAAGAAAAUGAGGGUGCCAAGUUGGACCAAGCCCAAGAGGAAGGUUCUGAGAAGGAGGGCUCUAGUGAAAAAGAGGAAAGGGAGCAGGAAGAAGAAGGAGAAACACAGGCUAAAGGUGAAGGAGAGGAAGCCGAAGCUAAGGAGGAAAAGAAAACUGAGAAAAAGA